AAAAAGCGUUGCGAAAAAGUUAGCAAAGUAAAAGGUAAUACUCUGCACGGUCAGGAUAACCAUCCUAAACAAAGAACGAAAAUUUUUGGCCAAACGUUGCGACGAAUUUGCGCUUGAAUAUAAGUUAGAUCCUUUUUAAGGGCCAAAAACCUGAGUAGGAUUUCCUCCGCGAUAUUUACCCACGAAAGUGUAGCUCGCUCAAAGCCCCACAAUUAAGGAAACCCCCUCCAAACGGUUUAUAAUUCCAGAAGAGAUUUUUCAAAAUGGGAAGAGUCAUAAGAGGCCAGAGGAAAGGAAGGGGCUCGAUUUUCAAGUCCCACAACCACCACCGAAAGGGAGCAGCCAAGUUGCGCCACCUGGACUUCUGCGAAAAAAAAGGAUACAUUAAAGGACUUAUAAAGGACAUAAUCCAUGACCCAGGAAGAGGAGCCCCCUUGGCAAAAAUAGUUUUUAAAAAAACAGAGAAAUAUGGAAAGAAGGAAGAGCUGAUGGUAGCCACAGAAGGUAUGUUCACCGGCCAGUACAUUUCUUGUGGUAUUAAAGCUCCGCUAUCCGUUGGAAAUAUCCUACCCAUAGGGAAAAUGCCAGAAGGUACUUUAAUAUGUAAUUUAGAGCACCGCACAGGAAAUAGAGGAACGUUAGUGAAGGCAUCCGGAUGUUACGCUACGGUUGUUGGUCAAUCUGAGGAUGGAAAGAAGACCAAAGUUCGUCUCCCCUCUGGUGCGAAAAAAACGAUUGAUGCUAGAGCUAGAGCUAUGGUUGGUGUUGUGGGUGCAGGGGGAAGAAUCGAUAAGCCAAUUUUGAAGGCUGGUGUUGCGCACCAUAAGUACAGAGUUAAACGUAACUGCUGGCCUAAAGUCAGAGGUGUUGCUAUGAACCCUGUGGACCAUCCCCAUGGUGGUGGUAAUCACCAACACAUUGGUCAUCCUUCCACCGUUUCGAGAAGCGCGCCAGCUGGACAGAAGGUUGGUCUCAUUGCUGCUAGAAGAACUGGUUUGUUGAGAGGUGCCAAGAAGACCAAGCUUGUUGGAAAAACAGAGGAUUAA